CGUCAACUUGUUCCGCAGCAACAUCUCUCUCUCUCUCUCUCUCUCUCUCUCUCUCUCUCUCUCUCAGUGUUUAAUUAAUGGCUAAUUAACAAAACUGCGUUCCAACUGCUUGUUGAAUUGGUUUCUUUUGUCACAGACUUGAACCACUGUAUGUUGGUUGUUUAACUGUGCUGGCCAGGGUAUUCAAGAGCAAGAAAGCUUGAAGAUUUUGACGGCUUGCAGCUAUUUUGACUUCUUUGAAUUACUCGGAGAAUAGGUAAAAGGAGUGCUUGUUGUACAGUGUGUACAAAACCUGAAAGGCUAAUCUCUUCAGGCUGCCUUUUAAUCUCAGUAAUGUCCAGCGAGAAAAUAUUAUAGAGACAAAACACUUCUUAGUGUCAGAGAUUCUGUUGAAAUUCGAAGAAAGUGUAACCUUCCCAAGGUUACCUAUAUAACUUUGGGAAUCAGUAAUUGGAAAAUACUUAAAAAAUUUAAUGGGUGCUCCAAGUUCCCUUUUGAAGGUGGAGGAAAUACAAGGAAGAGGGAGGGGAAUGGUUGCAUCGCAGCCUCUUAAAGCUGGCCAAAUUGUCCUCAGAGACUCUCCCAUCCUGCUGUAUUCUGCAUUGCCCUUUAUCACACGGUCUUUGUCAUCGUCCUCCUCUGCCUCAGCCUGCUGCUUCUGUGACCACUGCUUCAGAACCUUGCCACCAUCUUUACAGGGAGAUUCUUUAUCAUCUGCUGUUUUAUGCCCUUCUUGUUGCCACCAUCGCUUUUGCAGUUCCAGUUGUCUAUCAAAGGCAAUGAACUCCUCCCAUUCUUCUUGGGUUUGUCAAGCAUUAACUCGUCUCCAAUCCAACUCUCUACUGCUUGAACAGCCCUACGAGCGCCAAAUCCAAGCUCGUUUUCUCAUUGCUGCCUACAAUCUUGCUUAUAUUUCCCCCUCAGCAUUCCAAAUUAUGCUUUCUCUUCAGGGUUCUCCUGAUGAUGCCACCAUUGCUGCAGCUCAGUUCCUACACCCCCUUAUUUCAUCCCUCUGCUCAUUUGCUCUCAUUAGCCCCCAGAAUGGAGUUUCUUUGGAACUUACUUCUGCACUUCUGGCCAAGGAUAAGUUCAAUGCCUUUGGCAUAAUGCAGCCCUUCUCUGUAGAUGAUGACCAGAGGUCUGUCAGAGCUUAUGGUAUUUACCCCUACGCGUCCUUUUUUAACCAUGAUUGCCUUCCCAAUGCCUGCAGAUUUGAUUAUGUUGACACUAAUCAACCUGAUGACAGCCAUAAUACUGACAUUAUUAUUAGGAUGAUUCAUGAUGUUCCCCAAGGCAGGGAGAUCUGUUUGAGUUAUUUCCCUGUGAAUGAAAACUAUUCUAGUAGACAAAAGAGAUUGAUAGAAGACUAUGGUUUCACCUGUAAUUGUGAUCGAUGUAAUGUCGAAUCAAAUUGGUCAGAUAAUGACAGUGUCGAAGAUAAUGCUGAGGAAGAAGAAGAGGAGGUUAUGGAUGAGGACCAAAAUGAAAUUAUGGCAGCAUCAGACACUGACUAUAAUACUCAUGGAGAUAAUAAUGAUUUCCCGCAUGCUUAUUUCUUUUUAAAAUACAUGUGUGAUAGAACAAAUUGCUGGGGAACUUUAGCUCCUCUACCCCCACAGGGUGAUACUCCAUCUAAUGUCAUGGAAUGUAAUGUCUGUGGCAAAUUGAAGAGAGACGAUGAUUUUGAUGUUGAUAAAGGGCAAGAUGGAGCUCCCAUGGAGGACUGAGCAGCUAGGAUGCCACUUUUGUAUUGUUGCAGGUGGAUGGAGGCAAUCAGGGAAAGGAAUUCUUCCUAGAUUUUGCGCAAAUUACAGUGAGUUCAAGCCGACACCAAUGUUUAGAACUCAGGAAUCAAAUGGGGCUCUUUUGUGUUGUUUUUAACAGUGUAAUAGUGUAUCCUGUGCUGUGGAGUGUGGAUUGUUGCUUUAUUUAAAAUUCAGCUUUAAAAUUGCAGGCAAAACCUGUUAGCAUCUCUCUCUCUCUCUCUCUCUCUCUAAAUAUAUUUUUUGAAUAAUAAA